AUGUCGGGCGCGCGGGGCGGUGGGCGCGUGGCCCCUCCCCUCGGCGGGCGCGCGGCAGCCGCAGCGGCGGGAGGAGGAGGCGGCGAGGAGGCGGCGCCUGUGUCGGCGCUGGAGGUUGUGUCCUUCCUGGGGAAGCUGCUGUGCGCAGUCGCGGCGCUGAAGGCGGCUCUGUACCUGCUCCGCAGAGUGUGUCUAGCCAUGGCCUGGAAGUCGGGAGGCGCCAGCCACUCCGAGCUCAUCCACAACCUCCGCAAAAAUGGAAUAAUAAAAACAGACAAAGUAUUUGAAGUAAUGCUGGCUACAGACCGUUGCCACUAUGCAAAAUACAACCCUUAUAUGGAUUCUCCACAGUCUAUAGGUUUCCAAGCAACAAUCAGUGCUCCACAUAUGCAUGCAUAUGCUCUUGAACUUCUGUCUGAGCAGUUACAUGAAGGAGCCAAAGCACUUGAUGUAGGAUCUGGAAGUGGAAUCCUUACAGCCUGCUUUUCACGAAUGGUUGGUCCCAAAGGACAAGUUGUAGGAAUUGAUCAUAUCAAAGAACUAGUAGAUGACUCAAUAAAUAAUGUCAAAAAAGAUGAUCCCACAUUGCUGUCUUCAGGAAGAGUGAAACUGAUUGUGGGAGAUGGAAGAAUGGGAUAUGCAGAAGAAGCUCCCUAUGAUGCGAUUCACGUAGGAGCUGCAGCACCAGUUGUGCCCCAAGCACUUAUAGAUCAGUUAAAACCUGGAGGAAGAUUGAUAUUACCAGUUGGUCCUGCAGGGGGAAACCAGAUGCUCGAACAGUAUGACAAACUAGAAGAUGGCAGUGUCAAAAUGAAGCCUCUGAUGGGAGUGAUAUAUGUGCCUUUAACAGAUAAAGAGAAGCAGUGGUCCAGGUGGAAGUGAUUUUCUGUUCCACUUUCUUCUUCCACAAACAUGCAAGGGAUGAAUUGUAAAAGCUACAUCAUCUUGACCCAAACAUAGUGUUACAGUGGACUGCUCAUCUCCAGUUCUAAAAGCUUUUUGAAAACCAACAGCAUUGCAGCUUGUUUUGGACUUUGUUAUACUGUUGUUAUCAGCAUGGAAAAGCGUGGUGUUUGUUUUAUUUUUUUAGAUGCUCAAGGCAAAUCUGAUAAAGAAAUGGUGGAAAGUUUUAUGCGGGCACUGUUUUAUUUAACAUGCCUUUAUUUUACUUUCAUCUGGUCAAAGUGAAUUUCUGCAAAACUGCAGAUGAAGACCUAUAGCUUGUGAACUCUAAUUUUGAUGGGGGUACUUGAACACUCACUUCUCUCGGCUCCUGUGUCCCUUGGUAAAACUGCUUCUGUGCACCUUACGACACUACGUAGGUAAUACGAGGUUUUCUGUGUUCUGAUGUCUGCUAGAUGCUACUAAAAGGAGAUGAACUUCCUUUUUAAGCUUUUGACAUGGUGUCAUAGACUAGCAUGUAGUAGAUACAAUCAGCUGCUUUAUUACCUUAAAACCAGGCACUUGUAUAUAUUAAACUUUGACAUCAGAGGUGGGUGGCUGCUCACACCAAGCAUUGCUGUUCAAAUUGGACAUAACAGACGUGGUUUUCCCCUUCCUUCUAAAGUUAUUUAAUGGAGUCUUGAAAUUCUGUUUUGGUUUAUAGGUCACAACUGAUGUGCUACACGUGGAUUUAACCCCCUAAAUACAAUGUAGGCUGUGUCCCAGUCACUGAACAGUUUCUGCAAUGCUGCUUUGCCAAAUAAAGUUAAAAGCAAAAGGGGGUUGUAUGCUUGUGUGGAAGUUUAGGAUCAGCAUGGAGUAGAAUAUUGAGAUACUGCUUGUUAAGAUUAUUUAAAACAGAAAAUACCCAGUUUGGUUCUAAAUGGAUGUUGCUUUUGGCAGAGCCCUUUGCUGUAUUAAUAUUCUCUUUUUUUUUUUUCUAACUGUGGGCACACAAAAAAAUCUGGCAUUUUAGAAAGUGAAUUCUUAAUUUCUGUACAAGGAAAACAGGAUACAUGCAGAAGGAUCCUGGACUUCUAAGUACAGGAGAUGCAAUUGUUCAAUUUUCAUAGAGAAGAGUAAUUGGAAAGCUAUAAACCUUUUUUUUUUUUGUCUGCCCCAAGUUUUCAGUUUUGGUACUGUGAAAUGACAACAGCAAACUGUGAAGCAGUACAGAAAGGUGGGCUGCUUUGGGAAACGGGGGAAGCGUGUUUUGAGUCAUCUUGCUCAGAUUAGAGCAAACAGGAAUUAAAGUAAGCAGCAAAUUGUCUUUUAAUGAUAAAAGGAAUUAUAGAAGAACUUGCAUAAAAACAACCCAUAGUCAUCACUGCAAAAAUAUAUUAGACUCCUUAUAGUGGAACAGCAAUAGUUUUGUGACAGGAUUAAUCCCUGAAAGCAUAAAGGUUAACAUUCAAAGGUGUCUGAAUAUGAGAGAGGAACAUUUUAAAUAACUUUCCUUUUGAAGGCCGGCCUCAUCAUAUUCCUGUGUAAAAGAUACGUAUGAUUUAAUUUAUUUAGAUGUUUGGAAGUUAAAGCAUCACCUCCUGAUCUGCCUGCAGCCUGGGAGCACAUACAAGAGAUUCAUCUUAUGAAGGAAUUAAUAUAGCCUGUGUUCUAGAAAAUACAAUUCAGAAAAACCCACUUGCGUCUGACAAAUUUGUACUAACUCACAAUCAACUGUGAACCUAGUCCUUGGUGUUGAAGUGAAAUAUCUUAAACGAUGCAUGCUAAUGUUCAACCUUUUGGUCACUGUAUCAUUCAAUUUGAGUUCAGCUUUAUUUAUAUCUUCUCACUCAUUUAAUCAGUUAAAAGAAAGAUACGAUCUCAAUGGUAUCCAAAUUCUUGUCUCUGGACACAGUGUAAUAAGCUAGCCUAAUCUGGAAGAGGUGAUAAAGCUGAAACCCAGCGACAACUUUUCUUUGGAGAGAACCGCUUCAGGAGGUGUAAGACUUCAGGGACCAAGGCUGUUGGGAUUAGUGCACCCGUUCCACUGAAGGGGUUGGUGAAAGUCAAGGUACUUGGACAGGAAGGAGUAUCCAGGACUAGCAGUUAGGAAUCCGAAAAUGCAAACCCCUCCGUGUUGGAGCAAUGGUUCUGAAGCAAAAACUUCUUGGAGAACAGGACAAGUUGAAAUGCAGAAGAUUUGAAGAGCUUGCGUAAAUGCUGUGUGAACUGUCUGAAUUGCUACUUUGCCAAAUAAAAUGAGAGGAAGCUGUA